AUGGGCUUCGCCAGACAGAUACAGCUUUUGCUCUGGAAGAACUGGACCCUGAGGAAAAGGCAAAAGAUUCGCUUUGUGGUGGAACUCCUGUGGCCUUUAUCUUUGUUUCUGGUCUUGAUCUGGCUAAGGAAUGCCAACCCACUCUACAGCCAGCAUGAAUGCCAUUUUCCUAACAAGGCCAUGCCCUCUGCGGGAGUGUUGCCGUGGCUCCAAGGGAUUUUCUGCAACAUGAACAAUCCUUGUUUUCAGAGCCCCACCCCAGGAGAAUCUCCUGGAAUUGUGUCAAACUAUAACAACUCCAUCUUGGCAAAGGUGUUUCGAGAUUUUAAAGAAUUCCUCAUAGAUGCACCAGAAAGCCAGCAGCUUGGCCAGAUUUGGACAGACCUCCGCACCUUGUUCCAUCUCGUGGACACUCUGCGGACUCGCCCUGAGAGAACUGCGGGAAGAGGAAUACAAAUUCGGGAUAUCCUAAAAGAUGAAGAGACACUGACGCUAUUUCUCAUGAGAAACAUUGGCCUGUCCAACUCAGUGGCCCACCUUCUGGUCAGCUCCCAAGUCCGGGUGGAGCAGUUUGCUCAUGGAGUCCCAGACCUGGCGCUGAAGGACAUUGCCUGCAGCGAGGCUCUCUUGGAACGUUUCAUCAUUUUCAGCCAACGACGUGGGGGGAAUAUUGUGCGUGAUGCCCUAUGUUCCCUUUCCCAGGGCACCCUACAGUGGAUGGAAGACACUCUGUAUGCCAACGUGGACUUCUUCAAGCUCUUCCGUGUGCUUCCCACACUCCUAGACAGCAGUUCUAAAGGCAUCGAUCUGAGAUCCUGGGGAAGAACGUUAUCUGAUAUGUCACCAAGAAUUCAAGAGUUCAUUCAUCAGCCAAGUGUUCAAGACUUGCUGUGGGUGACCAGACCGCUCCUGCAGGACAGGGGCCCGGAGACCUUCACACAGCUGUUGGGUAUCCUGUCUGAUCUCCUGUGUGGCUACCCAGAGGGAGGAGGCUCUCGGGUGUUCUCCUUCAACUGGUAUGAAGACAAUAACUACAAGGCCUUCCUGGGGAUAGACUCCACAAGGAAAGACCCUAUUUACUCAUACGACAAAAGAACAACACCCUUUUGUAAUGCAUUGAUCCAGAGCUUGGAGUCAAACCCUUUAACCAAAAUAGCCUGGAGGGCAGCAAAGCCUUUGCUGAUGGGAAAAAUCCUCUUUACUCCUGAUGCCCCUGCAGCGCGCAGGAUACUGAAAAAUGCCAACUCAACUUUUGAAGAACUGGGGCGCUUUAGGAAGCUGGUCAAAGCCUGGAAAGAAGUAGGGCCCCAGAUCUGGUAUUUCUUUGCCAACAGCACACAGAUGACCAUGAUCAGAGAUACCCUGGGACACCCAACAGUAAAAGAUCUUUUGAAUAGAGAACUUGGUGAAGAUGGCAUUACUGUUGAAGCCAUGUUAAACUUCCUCUACAAGGGUCCUCGAGAGAGUCGGGCUGACGACAAGACCAACUUUGACUGGAGAGACAUAUUUAAUAUCACUGACCGCUCCCUACGCUUAGCUGAUCAAUACCUGGAGUGCCUGGUCCUGGAUAAGUUUGAAAGCUAUGAUGAUGAAAUUCAGCUCACUCAACGAGCCUUGUCUCUGCUGGAGGAAAACAGGUUCUGGGCUGGUGUGGUGUUCCCUGACAUGUAUCCCUGGACCAGCUCCCUACCACCGCACGUAAAGUACAAGAUCCGGAUGGACAUAGAUGUGGUGGAGAAAACCAAUAAAAUCAAGGACAGGUACUGGGAUUCUGGUCCCAGGGCAGACCCCGUGGAAGAUCUCCGGUACAUCUGGGGAGGCUUUGCCUAUCUGCAGGACAUGGUUGAGCAGGGAAUCACAAGGAGUCAGGCCCGGGUGGAACCUCCGAUUGGAAUCUAUCUCCAGCAGAUGCCUUACCCCUGCUUUGUGGAUGACUCUUUUAUGAUCAUCCUGAACCGCUGUUUCCCUAUCUUCAUGGUGCUGGCAUGGAUCUACUCUGUCUCCAUGACUGUGAAGGGCAUCGUCUUAGAAAAGGAGUUGAGGCUAAAGGAGACCUUGAAAAAUCAUGGUGUCUCCAAUGCAGUGAUUUGGUGCACCUGGUUCCUGGACAGCUUCUCGAUCAUGUCAAUGAGCAUCUUUCUCCUGACACUAUUCAUCAUGCACGGAAGAAUCCUACAUUACAGCGACCCUUUCAUCGUCUUCCUGUUUCUGCUGACUUUUGCCACUGCCACGAUCAUGCAGUGCUUCCUGCUUAGCACCUUCUUCUCCAAGGCCAGCCUGGCAGCAGCCUGCAGUGGUGUCAUCUACUUCACCCUCUACCUGCCACACAUUCUGUGCUUUGCCUGGCAGGACCAGAUGACAGCCGAGCUGAAGAAAGCUGUGAGCCUGCUGUCUCCUGUGGCGUUUGGGUUUGGCACUGAAUACCUGGUCCGCUUUGAAGAACAAGGCCUGGGGCUGCAGUGGAGCAACAUCGGGAGCAGCCCCAUGGAAGGGGAUGACUUCAGCUUCCUGCUGUCCAUGCAGAUGAUGCUCCUUGAUGCAGCUCUGUACGGCUUGUUUGCUUGGUACCUGGACCAGGUGUUUCCAGGGGACUAUGGAACCCCACUUCCCUGGUACUUCCUUCUGCAAGAGUCUUACUGGCUUGGCGGAGAAGGGUGUUCAACUAGAGAAGAAAGAGCAUUGGAAAGGACUGAACCCAUAACAGAGGAAAUGGAGGAUCCAGACCACCCAGGAGGAAUAAAUGACUCCUUCUUUGAACGUGAGCUUCCAGGGUUGGUUCCUGGGGUAUGUGUGAAGAAUCUGGUAAAGAUUUUUGAGAGCUCUGGCCGGCCAGCUGUGGACUGUCUUAACAUUACCUUCUACGAGAACCAGAUCACCGCAUUCCUUGGUCACAAUGGAGCAGGGAAAACCACCACCUUGUCCAUCCUGACAGGUCUGUUGCCACCGACAUCAGGGACCGUACUCAUUGGAGGAAAGGACAUUGAAACCAGCCUGGAUGCAAUCCGGCAGAGCCUUGGCAUGUGUCCACAGCACAACAUCCUGUUCCACCACCUUACGGUGGCUGAACACAUCCUGUUUUACGCCCAGCUGAAAGGGAAGUCCUGGGAGGAGGCCCAGCUGGAGAUGGAGGCCAUGCUAGAGGACACGGGCCUCCACCACAAGAGGAACGAAGAAGCUCAGGAGCUCUCUGGUGGCAUGCAGAGAAAGCUGUCCGUCGCCAUUGCCUUUGUGGGAGAUGCCAAGGUCGUUGUUCUGGAUGAGCCCACCUCUGGGGUGGACCCGUACUCCAGACGUUCCAUCUGGGACCUGCUCCUGAAGUACCGUGCAGGGAGAACUAUCAUCAUGUCUACCCACCACAUGGAUGAGGCAGACCUCCUUGGGGACCGCAUUGCCAUCAUCUCCAAGGGAAGGCUUUACUGCUCGGGCACCCCACUCUUCCUGAAGAACUGCUUUGGCACAGGCUUCUACUUGACCUUGGUGCGCAAGAUGAAAAACAUCCAAAGCCAAGGAGGCAGCUGUGAGGGGACCUGCAGCUGUGCGUCUAAGGGUUUCUCUGUCAGGUGUCCAGCCCGCGUCGAUGAGAUAACUGCAGAGCAAGUCUUGGACGGGGAUGUGAAUGAGCUGAUGGAUGUGGUUCGCCACCAUGUUCCAGAGGCAAAGCUGGUGGAAUGCAUUGGUCAAGAAGUUAUCUUCCUUCUUCCAAAUAAGAAUUUCAAGCAGAGGGCAUAUGCCAGCCUCUUCAGAGAGCUGGAGGAGACCCUGGCGGACCUGGGGCUGAGCAGCUUUGGAAUUUCUGACACUCCCCUGGAAGAGAUUUUUCUGAAGGUCACAGAGGAUUCUGAUUCAGGACUUCUGUUUGCUGGUGACACUCAGCAGAAAAGGGAACACGUCAACCUCCGACACCCCUGCUUGGGGCCUAGCAAGAAGGCCAGGCAGCCUGACCAAGGUCCUAACACCUGCUCUCUGGAGCAGGAUGCUCACCUGGAGGGCCAGGCUCCUCCGGAGCCAGAGCAACCCAGCAUCCCGCUCAACACGGGUACACGGCUGGUCCUCCAGCACGUGCAGGCGCUGCUGGUCAAGCGAUUCCACCACUCAGUUCGCAGCCACAAGGACUUCUUGGCUCAGAUUGUGCUCCCAGCCACUUUUGUGCUUUUGGCUCUGAUGCUUUCCAUCAUUGUGCCUCCUUUUGGCGAAUUUCCCGCCCUGACGCUUCACCCCUGGAUAUACGGACAGCAGUACACCUUCUUCAGCAUGGACGAACCUGGCAGUGAGCGCCUUGCUGUGCUAGCAGAUGUCCUCCUGAACAAGCCAGGCUUUGGCAACCGCUGCCUGAAGAAAGUGUGGCUUCUGGAGUACCCCUGCGGCAAUUCAACCCCUUGGAAGACCCCCUCUGUGUCCCCGAACGUCACCCACCUAUUCCAGAAGCAGAAAUGGACGCCGUCCAACCCCUCACCCUCCUGCAAAUGCAGCACCAGGGAGAAGCUCACCAUGCUGCCUGAGUGCCCCGAGGGCGCCGGGGGGCUCCCCCCGCCACAGAGAACGCAGGCCAGCACUGAAAUCCUACAAGACCUUACCAACAGGAACAUUUCCGACUACUUGGUAAAAACAUAUCCUGCUCUUAUAAGAGGCAGCUUAAAGAGCAAAUUCUGGGUCAAUGAACAAAGGUAUGGAGGAAUUUCCAUCGGAGGAAAGCUCCUGGUUCUCCCUGUCACUGCAGAAGCAAUUGUUGGUUUUUUAAGUGACCUUGGCCAGAUAAUGAAUGUGAGCGGGGGCCCUAUCACCAGAGAAGUCUCUAGAGAAAUGUCUGAUUUCCUCAAACAUCUUGAAACUGAAGACAACAUUAAGGUGUGGUUUAACAACAAAGGCUGGCAUGCCCUGGUCAGCUUCCUGAACGUGGCCCACAAUGCCAUUCUCCGGGCCAGCCUGCAUGAGGACAGGCACCCGGAGGAGCACGGAAUCACUGUCAUCAGCCAGCCCCUGAACCUCACCAAGGAGCAGCUCUCAGAGAUUACAGUGCUGACCACUUCAGUGGAUGCUGUGGUUGCCAUCUGUGUGAUUUUCGCCAUGUCCUUUGUCCCAGCCAGCUUUGUUCUUUACUUGAUCCAAGAGAGGGUGACUAAAGCUAAGCACCUGCAGUUUAUCAGUGGAGUGAGUUCCACCACCUACUGGCUGACCAACUUCUUCUGGGACAUUACAAAUUAUGCUGUGAGCGCGGGACUGGUGGUUGGCAUCUUCAUUGGGUUUCAGAAGAAAGCCUACACUUCUGCACAAAAUCUUCCUGCCCUUGUCGCACUGCUCAUGCUGUACGGAUGGGCAGUCAUCCCCAUGAUGUACCCAGCAUCCUUCCUGUUUGAUGUCCCCAGCACAGCUUAUGUGGCUUUGUCUUGUGCUAAUCUGUUCAUCGGCAUCAACAGCAGUGCCAUCACCUUCGUCCUGGAAUUAUUUGAGAAUAACCAGACGCUGCUCAGGUUCAACGCCCUGCUAAGGAAGUUGCUCAUUAUCUUCCCUCACUUCUGCCUGGGCCGGGGCCUCAUUGACCUGGCACUGAGCCAAGCCGUGACAGAUGUCUAUGCCCGGUUUGGUGAAGAACACUCUUCAAAUCCAUUCCAGUGGGACAUGAUUGGGAAGAACCUGGUCGCCAUGGCAGCUGAAGGGGUGGUGUACUUCCUUCUGACCCUCCUCAUCCAGCACCAUUUCUUCCUCACCCGAUGGGUUGCUGAGCCUGCUAGGGAGCCCAUUGUUGAUGAAGAUGAUGAUGUGGCUGAAGAAAGAAAAAGAAUUACUAGUGGGGGAAAUAAAACUGAUAUCCUAAAGCUAAAUGAACUAACCAAGGUCUAUUCAGGCUCCUCCAGCCCAGCAGUGGACAGGCUAUGUGUCGGGGUCCGCCCUGGAGAGUGCUUUGGCCUACUUGGAGUGAAUGGAGCCGGCAAAACAACCACAUUCAAAAUGCUCACUGGGGAUACCACAGUGACCUCAGGUGAUGCCACUGUUGCAGGCAAGAGUAUUUUAACCGAUAUUUCUGAUGUUCAUCAAAGAAUGGGCUACUGUCCUCAGUUUGAUGCAAUAGAUGACCUGCUCACAGGCCGAGAACAUCUUUACCUUUAUGCCCGGCUUCGGGGUGUUCCAGCAGCAGAAAUUGAAAGGGUUGCAAACUGGGGUAUUCAGAGCCUGGGACUGUCUCUGUAUGCCGACCGCCUGGCGGGCACCUACAGCGGUGGCAACAAGCGGAAACUCUCCACGGCCAUAGCGCUCAUUGGCUGCCCACCGCUGAUGCUGCUGGAUGAGCCCACCACAGGGAUGGACCCCCAGGCACGCCGCAUGCUGUGGAACACUAUUGUGAGCCUCAUCAGAGAAGGAAGAGCUGUGGUCCUCACUUCCCACAGCAUGGAAGAAUGUGAGGCACUGUGUACCCGGCUGGCCAUCAUGGUGAAGGGUGCCUUUCAGUGCCUGGGUACCAUUCAGCACCUCAAGUACAAGUUUGGAGAUGGCUACAUUGUCACAAUGAAAAUCAAGUCCCCAAAGGACGACCUCCUCCCUGACCUAAACCUAGUGGAGCAGUUCUUCCAAGGGAACUUUCCAGGCAGUGUGCAGCGGGAGAGGCACUACAACAUGCUCCAGUUCCAGGUCUCCUCCUCCUCCCUGGCCAGGAUCUUCCAGCUGCUCAUCUCCCACAAGGACAGCCUGCUCAUCGAGGAGUACUCGGUCACACAGACCACGCUGGACCAGGUAUUUGUGAACUUUGCUAAACAGCAGACUGAAAUUCAUGACCUCCCUCUGCACCCUCGAGCUGCUGGAGCCAGACAGCAAUCCAAGGUCUGACCUCAGCCACACUACUCGUUCUCUACAUCUGGAAAGGAACUGUGGGCAGCUAGCGCACAGGAGCCUCUGUCCAUAGAGUCAUCUGAACCACGGACCAGCACAAGUGAUCCUGCCUCAGCAGGAAACGAACACAUGAGGUCAUCAGUGAGCUUAGGAGGAGGCUCCCUCAGAAGGAAACCCACGCUGACUGAUUCACCUGGACAACAUGACAGUGACACUGACCCAGACAAACAAAUGCAACAAUCUUUGCAUCCACACCAGAGAAGAACUCCAAGUUGAGCGCAGAUAUUGAUUUGGCCUCAAUAUCACUGUCAUUUCAAAAGGCUUGUGUUAAGGGUAGGGAGCUAGGGGUUAUUUUCAAGAGGAAAUAAAAUGCAAACGCUCAUCACAAUCUGCCCUAUUCACUGAUCCCCCUGGUAUAGUUUUAGACACUCUCUGCAAGUGUGUGCAGUCCCCUGUCAUCACCACAGGAAUGGAAUCAUGGAAAGAUUCUGCAGCACUCAGGCAGAAGUAAAUAGUCCUGGGGUUGCUUGUCAAGUCUUUAUAUGGUAUGAAGAAUACACAAAAUAGGUGAUACAUGUAAACAAUAUCCUCUGUCUGUGGGAAUUAGUUGAAUCUCUGUUCCACUCCUGUUUGCCAAGCUUAUCUGAGUGUGUACCUCACAGGUAUAAUUAGAUCAGGAGACAAAGAGGGAUAGAAAGGUGGAAGCGGAUUGUUGGUUGGUUGUGAGAACAAACAUGUCUUUGUAAAUGUGUAAAGAAGACAAGGCCUCAUUCAUAUAGUGCUGCACCACCACCGCCGGGCUGAGUGCAUCUUCUACAGUAGUACAAAGGGAACGGCUCACUGGCUCUCUAGGAGGCCACAUGAAAGCUCAUCAAGGAUUAGAAAAUAAUAUUCUUACACUGUUUCAAGAGUCUUGGGAUGAGAAAAGCAAAUGGAUUUCUUUACCAAAGCAUCUUACCUCCACUACUUACAGAUGGACUUCAUAGAGAAAACCCUUUCUAAAGCAGAGCUGCUAACUGCACAUCAUACUGUGGUUAUUUUCCAGAGUUCUGGAGGGAGAGGGGAGAGAAGGGAAGAGAAAGAUGCUGAGGCCCAGGAACUGCUACCUAGAAGGGCAGAGCAAAGUGAGCACAAGUUGGUAAAGCCUGUAGCUGGGCUUCUCCCAGCAAAGGAGAAGAUAGAGGGCAGAGGACUACACAACUAAUCCUGCAUCGCUGCUGGCUUUCUGCUUUGCUCUUAGUAGAUACUAAGAUAAUAAUUGCCCAAAAGAUUAUAAAUGUACUUUUGUAGACCCAUACCUUAAUAUUGUCUUAACAUUUUGAAAAAUCUGUUAAUGACACAAACCAAAAAAUCAUUUUAACCUGGGUCAGAAUACAGGUUGGGAAAGCCCAGGAGGAUGUUGUUGAAACUUACUGUUGCAUCCAGACUGGUUAUAACAUUUAAAUUAGCAACUGCAAUAUCUCAGGAAAGACUAAGCCAGAAGAGGGGAUAAACAGCCAGCCUUUCACAAUGUGAGGGUUUCAGAAAGGCAUUGUGUACUGGGAAAAGUUGGUUACAGAUAAAAUCCAUCCUCUACCUUGAGAGCAAAUCUCAGUUUACCUUGUAUCUCCACUCUACCUGAUGUCUCCAAGGGCAAGGAUUUAUGUUUGUUUUCUUCAGCUCCCAGGACACAGAAGACACUCAGCAAACACUUGCCAAUCUGGGAAACCAUCAAAUUAUAAAAAUGGAAAAGAAGUAAGGCUAAGAAAGUAGGACCCCCCCAAAAAAAAAACACCAAAGAUUGAGCAACAGGGAUGCUAUGCUUUUCAAAAUACCAGUGACAAAAUAUAAGCAAUAAAAAGCCUAGGAGGAGUUGACGAAACCACAGUGCUUGGGUAUGAGGAAUAGUCCUUUUAGAAGUUUGGCCCAGAUCUCUAGCAGAUGUGUUACUCUACUGAAACAUUCCCCCGGUCUGGGUUAAAAGGAGAUUAGUAAAAGAGGAGGAAGAAGAAAUACAGUAAUUUCAGACAGCAAGACCACUAAGGAGAUGUUUCAGGUGUAUGAGUUGCUGUCGGAUUUUCAAAGCUUUUGAUUCUUUGGGGAGCUCAAGAUCUUGGAAUAGCUCAGACGAAAAUGUUACCAAGGAAUAACCUAAAUAAACCGUCUAGUUUCAUUUGAUUUUAACUGACUUAAAAAUACUAAUUUUGGAGGUCACACAGCUAAGCAAUGCAUUAUUAGGCUCCCACUAGCUUUGCUGUAGGUAACACCUCUACCAUGUGCGUUAGGGCAACUGCAGCUGCCUGGGUUACUUUACAGAUGCUGGAAGGCCACUUUUUCUGAAAACACUGACUCUUCACUUGGGCCUGCAGAUGUCCAAUAGGUGACAUGAAAAAGAUGAAAAGGCUUGGCAUCUCUGUCUUUAUAUUGUGUCUGUCUCACUUGUGCCCUUAACUUUUGGGUCAAAUUCUACUCGGUAUUGUCUGUAGAUGUGUUAAUCAUUUCCAGAAAUGUUUUGUCCAGCACUAUAAUAUGGGGCUAACUGGUCCUUGACUUGCCUAAUCUCUCUUCCCCAUCUCAAGGCUAAAGACACCUCCCAGCCUCUAUGAUGGGGAACACCAUACCAUAACAGGAGCCAAAAGGGUGGCACCAUCAUUUUUUGAAGAUUUCCAUCUAUUUCCCCCAAAUUCAUGAAUAUUCCUCCUUUUAUUAGCCUUUCUCCUUCACCAUUUUCCAGUGCUCUACCUGUAACACCUGGGGGUGAGAAGCUGCAUCCCAGCACAACUCUCACUUCUCCACUUUUCUGCCACCAAAUAAAGCUUUCUUCUCUCAUCA